AUCACUUUGCCCAACUAGUAGUAAUAAAAAUUUAAGUACUAGCCGGUAUGUAUUCGUCCAAUAAGACCCGGUAAAAUCAUAUAGCAUAAGCCCCUAUAUUAAUAUCAGAGCCACAAGUCCAUACAAAAAUUGCCCCUAGUCCCCCACAAACCCUAAAAUCCCAAAUCUCCGCUCAUUCCGACCUCGCAUCUCUCGUUUCUCUGUUGUGACGGACGAUCAGUGAGAUCAGCCGCGAUCGACGACCUUCGCUGAUUUCCUUCAAACAUUAGGCUUUUGUAUCAAAUUGAACUUGCUUAAAAUCCUGUGGAGGAAGAAUCUACUGAACAACAAGAACAUGUCAUCAGGUAAGAAAGAAGAGAAAGGUGCCCAGGAUGCGGCAGAAAGAAUUAAGGCUGCAGCUUUGACAGCUGCGAAAGGCCUUAGCCGUGCUCAGGCUGAGCGAGCAGCUGCAGCUGCGGCCCGAAAUGUAAAUGCAUAUGGGCAGAAGGAAGAAGGGCCCAGCAGAUGGCAGGAGAGGAAGGAGGCGAAGCGACAGAUGUAUUUGAUGAGUACUGAGAAACAAGUAAAAUUGGGUGAAAGGAAAGAUCUCAAGUCUUCAAUGUCUACCACAGGUGGUACAGCUUCGCAAUGCCAAAAGUGUUUUCAAACCGGGCACUGGACGUAUGAGUGCAAGAAUGAGAGGGUUUACAUUUCACGACCUUCUCGUACCCAGCAACUCAAAAAUCCGAAAUUAAGGAUGAAGGUGUCAAUCUCUUAUGAUUUGGAUAACCCAGAUAUUCCUCAAGAGGCGAAGAGUGAUAAGAGCGAAAAGGGCGAGAAGAGUAAAAAGAGAAGCAAAAGGAAGCAUAGGUCAGAUACUGAGUCAAAAAGCGAUAGUGAGGCUUCAGUUUUUGAGUCUGAUAGUGGGUCAUCAUCAGUUACUGGAUCAGAUUAUUCUUCCGGAGAGAGUGAUUCAAGUUACAGUUCAUCCUCUGAUUCAGAGGAAGAGAGGAAGAGGAGGAGGAGGAGGAAUAAGAAGCAGCAGCAGAAGAAGAGGAGGCACCGUAGAUACAGCUCAACUUCUGAGUCUUCUGAGUCAGACUCGGAGUCUGAAUCUGAUUCUGAAGAUAGGAGCAGCCGGAGGAGGAGCAAGAGGCAUAGCCGAAGGCGCUAAAAAGGCAGCAGUAUGACAAUAAGAAGCAACUUAUGGUAUAAUGUAAGGUUUGUGUUGUAGUUGUGUAUUUGUCUUGCAAGUCUGUUUGGCGUGCACUGUGAAAAUUUUCUAGAUUAGGGUUUGCACCUUUUUUUUUUAUAUCUUUUUCUUUUUGGAUUGAAGUUGUAAUUUUGACUGUUGUGUUAUUGAUGAUACAGUUCCAGAAAUGUGUGUAAUUUUCUUUUGCCGCGGAAGUAAAGCCCCAUGUUAUUCAA